CCAGUGCUGAGGGAGGGAAAGAGAGGCGACGAAGACGAAGAAGAAGGGAGUCGAAGGAGAGGGAGACUGGACUGCACUGGACAUUCCGCAGACAUGGCCGCAUAUCUAUAGCCAGAGAAAGAGAGAAAGAGAGAGAGGGAGGAGGAUUCGAUACGAGGAAGGAAAGCGAGAGAGAGGGUUAAUGAGCGAUGAACCUCGCUGGAUCUCGGUAAUAGCGUCGACACCAUGGUCUCCCAUCAACGCUGCACUAGCUGGAUUCGAAAUUUGUAAAGCAUGAUUGUGUGUGUGUGGGAGGAGAGGGUUUGAUUGAAGCUCGGGCUUUGCGUUUCCGGAGAUGCGAGGCUCGGUUCCGCGGUGUGCAAGGGGAAAUAGUAAGCGGCACUAGCGCUCAGCGGUGAGGUUUAGGUCGGGAGUCAUGGGCACCAAGGAGAAAGCGGCGGACGCUGCACAGCAGGAAGGGGACAGGGCGGAAGGCGUGGAAAUGAGUGAAGGUGGUGGUGGUGGUGGUGGGGAUGCUGCACAUGAUGACGAUGAUCAUGGCGGUGAAGCCGGUCAUCGGAGUAAGGACGAAAAUGAGGAAGCAAUUGCGCGUGCAGAAGAGCUGAAGAAGUCUGCUGAGGCUAAGCAUUUGUUGCGUCAAGCUAAUUUAGCGCCGGAAAGACCAGAUGCCAGCUUCUUCAAAACAUUGGAUUCAAGCAUCAAGCGUAAUACAGCAGUAAUUAAGAAGUUGAAGCAGAUCAACGAAGAGCAGAAAGAAGGGUUGCUUGAGGAACUUCGGGUCGUCAAUUUGAGCAAGUUCGUAAGUGAAGCAGUGACUGCAAUUACGGACGCGAAGUUGAAAAGUUCAGACAUUAAUGCAGCUGUGCAGGUCUGUUCCUUACUUCAUCAAAGAUACAAAGACUUUGCGCCAACACUUUUGGCAGGGCUACUGAAAGUUUUCUUUCCUGCUAAAGGCGAUGAAAUUGAUGGUGAUCGUAGCUCACGGGCAAUGAAGAAACGCAGCACACUCAGGCUUUUGAUGGAGCUUUAUUUCUGUGGAGUAUUUGAGGAUGGAAGUAUGUUUAUUAGCAUCAUUAAAGACCUCGCUGGUAGUGAGCAUUUGAGGGACCGCGAAGCCACUCAGACCAAUCUUUCUCUUUUGGUUAGCUUCGCAAGGCAAGGUCGAGGCCUUCUUGGUCUUCCGCUGAACGGUCAAGAUGGACAAGAUGAGCUGUAUAAGGAGCUAAGCAUGAGUAAUGAUCAGAAGAAACUUUUGCGUAAGAUGUUCCAGUCAUUUCUUGAUGCAGUGGUGGAACUCCUGCAGACAGAGCAUGGGGCAUUGCGGCAGCUGGAACAGGAGAACGCACGAAUGCUCAAUGCAAAGGGAGAGCUGAGUGAAGAAAAUGCAACGGCAUACGAAAAGCUCCGAAAAUCUUAUGAACACCUCUUUCGCAAUAUCUCUUCACUCGCAGAAGCAAUAGAUAUGCAACCUCCAGUAAUGCCAGAAGAUGGCCAUACCACCCGCGUUACCUCAGGAGAUGACGGUCCCUCCCAAGCGACUGGAAAGGAACCUGCCUCUCCAGAGCCCAUUUGGGAUGAUGAAGAUACUCGUUCUUUCUAUGAAAACCUGCCUGAUCUACGAGCUUUUGUCCCAGCAGUGUUACUUGGAGAGGCUGAACCGAAGGGAGUAGCAGAGGCUUCAUCAAAGGCGGCAGAGCAAGUGGAACCAGAGCAAGGUGUUGGUUCAGCACUAGAUGUUUUAGAUGUUCUCGAAACAGAACCUCAAGUUUCGGAAACAGUACCAACAGCCCCAGAUGAUAAGUCAUCUUUCAGUGUCUCUGAGAAGGCCAAGGAUAAAGAUAAGGAUGACAAAGACAGAAAUCGAGAUGUAGAGAAGGACAAGACAAAGGAGAAAGACAAAGAAAGCGAGAAGAAGGCUGACAAGGAAAGUGAGAAAGAAAAGGUGAAAGGCGUUGAAGGUGCUAGUCUUGACAGUCUUCUUCAAAGGCUUCCUGGCUGUGUUAGUCGAGACCUGAUCGACCAACUGACGGUAGAUUUCUGCUAUUUGAACUCAAAAAGCAGCCGAAAGAAGCUGGUGCGCACUCUUUUCAACGUUCCUCGAAGUUCUUUGGAGCUUAUACCAUAUUAUUCUCGGAUGAUUGCUACCCUGUCUACAUGCAUGAAGGAUGUUGCUCCAAUGAUUCUACAACUGCUUGAAGAGGAAUUUAAUUUUCUGAUGAACAAAAAGGACCAAAUGAACAUUGAAACCAAGAUUAGGAAUAUUCGCUUCUUAGGUGAACUUGCGAAGUUUAAGGUGGCAUCGCCAGGCCUUAUAUUCAGUUGUUUAAAGUCAUGCUUAGAUGAUUUUACACAUCACAAUAUUGAUGUUGCCUGCAAUUUGUUAGAAACUUGCGGCCGCUUUCUGUAUCGGUUUCCAGAGACAUCCUUACGUAUGGGAAAUAUGCUCGAGAUCAUAAUGCGCCUCAAAAAUGUCAAGAACCUGGAUGCCCGACAUAGUACUCUUGUAGAAAACGCUUAUUAUCAAUGCAAGCCUCCUGAAAGGUCUGCUCGUGUUUCUAAAGUUCGUCCACCCUUACAUCAGUACAUCCGAAAACUACUGUUUGCGGAUCUUGAUAAAACUACAAUAGAGCGGGUUCUACGGCAGUUGAGAAAGCUUCCAUGGAGCGAAUGUGAGACGUAUUUGUUGAAAUGCUUCAUGAAGGUCUACAAAGGAAAAUACAGCCAAGUUCAUCUAAUAGCCUCUUUAACUGCCGGCCUAAGCCGAUAUCAUGAUGCGUUUGCAGUUUCUGUGGUUGAUGAGGUUCUAGAAGCUAUUAGAGUGGGGUUAGAGUUGAAUGAGUACGGGAUGCAGCAACGACGCAUCGCAUACAUGAGAUUUCUUGGAGAAUUGUAUAGCUACCGUCUUAUCGACUCUCCUGUCAUCUUUGACACUCUCUAUCUGAUCAUCUUCUUUGGUCAUGGAACUUCAGAGCAAGAUGUGUUGGAUCCUCCAGAAGACUGUUUUCGACUUCGAAUGGUCAUCACGCUUCUUGAGACCUGUGGACAAUUCUUCGAUCGAGGUUCAUCCAAGCGUCGGCUUGAUCGCUUCCUACUUUAUUUCCAAAGAUAUGUUCUUAGUAAAGGAGUUAUUCCUUUGGACGUGGAAUUUGAUCUCCAGGAUCUUUUUGCAGAUCUUCGUCCAAAGAUGGUUCGAUAUGCUACGUAUGAUGAAGCUAAUCAAGCUUUGCUUGAGUUGGAGGAGGUUGAUCGUAAUUUGGCAGCUUCUGAGAAAGAUCGGAGUUCUCGUCCGUUAAAUCCAAGCACGCAAGGAGAUGGAGAGGCGCACGUGAAUAAUCCCGGAUCGGAAUAUGUCAAGGAUGCCCAAAAUAUUGGAGCCGCACCACUUGGAACAAGAGCUUCAGGAAUUCAUGGAGCAGGAUUAGCCGAUGAUGCAGAUAGUGAAUCAGAGACAGAAAGUGGAAGUAUGGAAGCUGAUGGCCAGGAGGAAGAGGAGGAGCUGGAAGAAGACAAGUAUCCAGAUCAUGAUGAUGAGGGUGACGAUGAGCUGGAAGUAGAGGAGAUGGAAGGUGGGGCUGACACUGCAGGUUCAGAGGAAGAAGAGAAGGUGAAAGUGAUGCAGAAGAAGAUGCCAGAAACAGACCCUGCCGAAGAAGCUGAAUUUGAUCGUGAAUAUCGCGCUCUUAUGCAAGAGAGUAUAGAUUCUCGUAAACUUGAAAUGCGAUCUCGUCCAACUCUGAACAUGACUAUACCUCUUAACCUGUUUGAUUCGAAGGAUCACGGGCGAAGUGGCGGGACGGAUAUAGAGUCAGGUGACGAGGUAGUGGACGAUCAAACAAGUGGAACAAGUGUACAGUUUCGAGUUUUAGUGAAGAAAGGGAACAAGCAACAGACGAAACAGCUCCGUAUCCCACGUGAAUGUUCUCUUGUUCAGAGUACGAAGCAGAAGGAGGCAGCAGAACUGGAAGAAAAACAAGACAUUAAGCGACUAGUCUUAGAGUAUAAUGAGAGGGAUGAAGAAGAUCGUGCAGGUGCUGCGCCACAGCCGAUGAACUGGGCAACACACCAAGGAGCACCUGGUUUGGGCCGGGGCAGGGGACAUUGGGGAGAAGGAGGCGGGAGAUUAGGAAAUGCUAGGCAGAGACGGCCGAUUGCAGUUGGCUAUGGGCGACGGCGUUAGAUUCGAUGUACUCAUCCAGGUACUCAGUCAGGUAUCCUAUUGGGUUUUAUAGCAAACGAAUGACUACUGCUACCCAGUAAGAAAGAGUAGUCUUAUAAGUGCGACCUUUGAGGAUACCUAUUAUUGCUAGGGGAUCCCUGUGGAUGGAGUAUCACAGAGGUGUUAUUUACGUGGAUUUUCCUGAUUUGAAUGCAUGUCGAGGGGGUCCCGCUUUUUUCUUGUAGACUGUUUAUCAGGAUCACAACCUGUACCGCAACCAUUUCUUUUUUCAUAUUGAGUAUCUGGGGUUGCCAUUGGUAUCAAUCUAGCGGCAAAAAUGAGCAUUUGAGUUUUCAGGCACCAUUUCCAACAGGGUUUACACUACUCCUUGACUAGUUCAAAUAUAAUUCUAGAGUAUGCUUUGUUAAAUGUUCUCAUUUGUAAUAUUAUUUCUUCAGUUUCUUUUUCUU